AUGAUGAAAAAAUUAAUAAGGCUUCAGCUAACUAGAGGAAUACACAUCCUUAGUUCCAAAUUACCAGACAAAUUAAAAAAAAUAAAAACAUAUAUUAACAAUUAUGAAAACAGUGAAAAUGAAUUGAUAAGGAAAAAAGAUUAUUUGUCAUUGUUAAGAAAUAUAUAUUAUUCAAUUCCGUCUAGAAUGAAUGAAAGAGAAGUAUGGGAAAAUUUUUUAAAUAAACUUAAAAUAGAAAAGUGUUACUUAAGAUUGAAAUCGAUUAUUAAGAAAAAUAGUAUAUCCUAUGAUUCUUUGAUAUGUAGGCAAAUAAUAUUCCUAUACUAUAUUGGAUUUGAUGGUGAAGUGAAGAUAUUACUUGACAAAAUAAAUAACAAACUAAUAAAAUGUAAUGAAAAUAAUUUUAAAGAAUGUGAUAAAAUUAUAAAUGAAGAUAUGAAUGAUGUUAUAAAAAUGUUAUAUGUAUUAUAUAAUUAUCAAAAAAAUUCAGAAAGUUAUAAGCCCAUGUUUUUGUUAUUUGAUAAAUAUAUAUAUUAUAGUAAAAAAUAUCCUAUUAAUAAUAUUAAGUAUUUAUUUUAUUUUCAUUUAUUUUAUUUAAACAUGAAUAAUUCAUUAAAUAAAGUUAACAAGUGUAUAGAAAUAUAUAGACAUUUAUUUGAAACAGAACAAUUAAUGCUUUUAAUUCGAUAUGUUAAUAUUUAUUUGAAACAUUUAUAUCUGCAUAAUGCUAUUAAACAUAAAGAUGAUAUAGACAAGAAAAACAAUGUGGCCAUAAUUGAUAAAAAAAAGUAUGAAAAUUCAGAUUUUUCAAAUCGAAUACAAAACCGAAAUUCGAGGAAUAAGAUAAGUUAUAAAUACGAGAAUAAUAAAGGAUAUGAACAAAACAACCACAAUAAUAAUAUUUUUCUAAAUAAUAUGCCAAACAAAAUAGAAAAUGAAAUGAAUAUGUUUAUCAAUAAUAUAUUUAGAAUAAAUAAAAACGAAAAAGAAUAUUUUGUAUUUACCAGUUUUGACGAUAUAGAGGUAAUAAAUAAUGAGGAUAAUACCAAUUCGAUUGAGAAUGAUAAACAGAUUAGUUCCUGUUCAGAAAAUAAAGAAAAUGGACAGGAUAAUGGAUCAGUUUUUAUGGCAAAUAAAACUGUAAAUACAAAAGUGAACGAAAUAGAGAAAUGUGUUAAAGAGGACGUAAUAAAUAAUUGUGAUGAUGUGGGAGUUUUCAAAGAUUUAGGAGAAUGUGACAAUAAAGGUAUAGAUGAUAUUUAUAAUAAUGGAAGUGUAAUUAAUAAAUAUAUAGAUAAUAAAAAGAUUGAAAAAAAAAAAAAAAUAAUAAAAGUAUCUAAAAGUGAAUUAAUGAUAUAUAGUAAUAUUCAUAAUUUGUGUGUAAAAGAAAUAUUUAAAAAUAUUUUAUUAAAUAAAGAAAAAAUAAAUGUAGAUAUAAUUUUUAAUAAUUUUAUAAGUAAUUUAUUUAAGGAUAAAUAUAUAUAUUUAUUAAUGGAAGAAUUAAAAAAUAAAAUAACAUAUAUAGACGAAGAAAAUUAUUUAGCAUAUUUAAAGCAAGUUAAAUUGUUAAAACUAUAUGAUAAUCCAUUAUUUGUUACUGUGUCAAAUGUAUUUUUUAAAAAAUAUUUAUUUGAAAAAAAAUAUAUAAAUAAUUUCCAUUUUGCUGAUAAAAUAACAUAUUAUACUGAUUUAUUUUGUCAUAAUUAUUUUCUACAAAAAUAUAUAUUAAACAUAUAUAAAUUAAAUUUUAUCACAUUUAAUACUAAAAUUUUAAAAAAAAUAUUAGCAAAAUUAUUCUUUUAUUUACAUCAAAAUAAAUCUUUAAUAAAUGGAUUUGAACAACUUAUAAAAACAAUAAUAAUUAAAAUAAUUAACACCGGAUCUUUAAAUGAUAUAAUUAUGGUUUUGUUUACUUUAAGACAAUAUAAUUUUUGUAAAUCGAAUAAUAUAAGACUAGAAAAUCGAGAUAUUCAGUUAAAUAGCCAUGACUAUGAUGUUAUAUUAACUUCUAUUUUUGAUUUUAAAAAAAAUGAAACUAUGAUUAACAACUCUAAUGAUAAGAUGUCAUAUUUGAAGAAUAGACAACUAAUUUAUCAAAUAAUUAAAGAGGACGUUUUCGAUUUUUUACAUUUUCAAAUAUCAAAAAAUAACAAUACAACUAACUUAGGUAAUCAAAUAAAUCAAGAAAAUUUCAAAAGUAAUGAUAAUAAUUAUUCUCACUUUUUGGAAAAUGAAAAAAACAAUUUUUCAAGAAAUAUAAAUAAUUUAUUUAACAUGUUUCAUUUGGAAGAUUUCCAAUUAAACUUGUUCAAACAAAAUUAUUUAAAAAUUUUUGAAUAUUUAAGUUAUAGAACAAUUAUAGAAAAACAUGAAAUAAAUAAAAUGAAAUAUUUUGACAAAUACUAUGAUAUAAAUAUUAUUAUCAUGAUUGUUAAACAAUUGACAAAAUUAUUUUAUGUAUUCUUAUGUAACAUUUUUGAUGCAAUACAAAAAGGUAAUAACAACUUACAGAUGUUUGAAUGUAUAAACAAUUUUUUUAACGAUAAUCUGUAUUAUUAUAAUUUGAGCGGUAAAAAAAAUAUGAACAACAUGUUCUAUAAUAAUACAAUAUCAAAUAACGAAUAUAACGAUAAAAUGAAAAAUAACUCUUUAAAUUUUUCAAACAUAAAUAAAGUUGAAAAUGUAGAUAGCAAAGAAUGUGAAAAGGGAAUAGAAAUUAAUGAAAUAGGAAAUAGGAAAUAUUUCAAUAACAAAUAUAUGGAAAUAAAAAAGAAAACAGAUACAACUUUUGAACAAAAUUCAUUAUUAGGGGAUAACGAAACUGAAAUAAAUAAAAACUAUAAUUAUUCAGAAGAAUAUAAUGCACACUAUAUAAAUUUAUUUAUUGUAAAAAAAGAAAUCGAUCCAAUAGUGUUAAAAAAAUACCAAGAAAAAUAUAUGAUUGAAUAUAAUAUGAUAAAAAAUUUUACUGAAUUGUUACUUAUGAUUAUUCUUGAUAAUUUUGUAUAUUUUGAAAUAAAAAAAUAUUAUUUUAUAAAUUUUUUUUUUUUAAUAUUUCAAAAUAAAUUUAUUCCGAUGUCUAUAUAUCAUUACCUUUUGUUUUAUCGGAUUUUUAAAAACUUAUUUUAUAAUCAAAUAAAUAAAAAAGAAAGACGAGAAUAUAUUUUUUCAGAAAAUUAUUUUAAUAAAAACAAAAAUUAUAUAAUAAAUACUUGUAUUACUCAAAUUAAAACUAUAAUAUUGGACCAAAUAAAUAAUCAGAUUAAUGAUAAUAAUAUUAUGGCUAGUCACGAUGCAAAUCAUAAUAUAGAUAUUCCGAAUCCCAUAGAAGAAAAAUAUCACAAAAAUAAUUUCAACAAAUAUAAUAAUAAUGCAGGUGGUUUUGGGAAAAAAAAACAAAUGCUCGACAUUAAAAAUAUAAUAAACUUAAUUUUGUAUUCAUUUAAUAGUGAAGAUAUAGUAGACAUAUUUAAAAGUUGCUUUUUAUUUUCCUUUAACAAUUAUUUUAAACAUAAUAAGAAAAAUAUUUUCAUUAAAUUUGUGUGUGAAAACAAUUCUCUUCAAAUGGCUAGUUCGAACAAAGAAAAUGAUGCAACUAUUGUUAGUUGUAAUGAUUUUUUUACCAUUCGCAGUUAUUUAUAUAUGAACAACAACAAAAACAACAAUAAUAAUAAUAAAAAAAUGGAUGAAAUUGCACAUUUUAACAGUUGCAAUAAUACUGAUAUUUCUGAUUAUAACCCAUAUGUAAGCAUCUCCAAUUACUGUUAUAGUAAAUAUAAUAUUAUGAACAUGUUUGAAUUUUACUAUAUUAACAUAAUAUAUGAAAAAUAUAUAAAUACACACCGUUUUGAUAAUAAGAAGGAUUACCAUUGUUACCUGAAUUUUUUAACAACAAAAAAAUAUUUUGAACCUCAUGAGAUUGUUAAUUUAUGUACUAUGGUUGAAAAAGAAAAUGGGAAAGAAACUGAACAAAAUAUACUAAUUGAUAAUAAUAGUGAACGACAAAAUAUAGAAAUAAUUAUUACCAAUAUUAAGAAUUCAUUUAGCGCAUAUAAUAAUUUAGAAUUUUUUAUCAGCUAUUUUUUUUUCCUUAUGGUAUUUUCUAAAAAAGACUAUUUUAAUGAUAUUUAUAAAAUUCUUAAUGAAGUAAAUAAAAGCAUUUUAUUAAAUAAUAAUGUAGAUCCAUUUUGGUAUUUUUUAUUACUUCAGAUUAUUUAUGUUUUUAAAAUUAAGAAUUUGUAUAUAUUUGAUUUAAUUUUAUCAAAAUAUAAAAAUGUUUCUUAUUUUUAUAAUUACCUAAUAAGCAGUAUUAAAAAAAAAAAUAAUCAAAUAGAAAAUAAUAAUUAUAUAGAUGCUUCGCGCAAUAAUACUAUUAAAUAUAACAUUAUUGAAUAUUUAAAAAAAAAAAAUAUUAAUUUUUUAACAAAUGUUGCAUUAAAAGACAGUCCAUUUAUAUUUGAUAUUUACAUUCCUUCUAAAAGUAUAUUAUUUAUAAAUAAUGAAAAAUGUUUAUUCUGUGAUAUUUUUAUGCAAAAUUUACAAGAAAGUAUGCUUAAUCAAAUUAACUCCAAAAUUAUGAUCAUUGAUCAAAAAAGCUACAAAUGGCUAGCUAGUAUUUUAUAA